AACAGAUUUAUUGUCCACUGGAGAAUCACUGCUGGGUUGUGUAUAUAUAAGCGAGUGUGUGUUGGGUUAGAAAAGGAAAGCUGACAGAGGAGAUUUACUUACGGCAUAUCUUCAGCUGCUCAAACAACAUGUCUCAGCCGGGUCAGGAAGAAGAUGAACAAAUGCAGCGUCCUGAGGUGAGAGAGGAAGACCUGACUGAAGCAAAGAGCAAACUUGGUUCAAGUGGGCCACCGAAGAGCAAGACGUUUGAAGUAAUGGAGGAGUGCGAGAAAAUGGGUAAAACUGCUCCAUCUGUGUUCAGUGGGGUGAGGUCAGGAGGGGAGACUGUUUUUAACACACGUUCAGCUCGACCAAUCAGGAAGUAGCAGUGGACGUCCUGACCAUGAUUGGAUGGAAAACACCUGUUCUGCUUUAAGGGCAUUUGAGAUCAGUUGCUGUUUUGGGUGUUCUUCAUUGUCCCCAAGCUUGUGUUUUUGCACUCAAUGCUGUUUGGUUGUGGUGUGUUUCUGCACUUUUAUUAUGGUGAUAAUCAACUUCCUCAAACAGAAGAAUUUCAACAAACUGGUAAGCCAGUUCUUUCUUUUUAAGAGAAUUUUGUUUAUUUAACUUUUAUUGCAGUUUGUGUCACACAAUCAUUUACGCACAGUUCGGGGUGCGGGGCAAAAAUGAAGAAAUGUAAGAGCGAGAAUUUGAUUGAAACCUCAGGCCUUUGUCAUGGCUGACAUUUUAACUUGUCAUGGUGGGAAAAGCACAGGUGUUACUAAUAACAUGAAUCAUGCAUGGGCAGAGUAUGCAGAGAAUUGGUAUCCUGAGCACAGAUAGGCAAAAAUCUCCGUCUGGCUUCUAGAAGCCAGACGGAGAUUUUGUGGCCGU